AUGGUAUUCUCAAGCCUUGAUGAUUGUUAUUCAAUGUAUGUUAAGUAUGCCAAGGAGUGUGGGUUUUCAGUCAAGAAAGGGACUACAAAGACAAACUCUAAAGGUGUCUUACAUAUUAAGUAUUACUUGUGUACGAGAUCUGGAUUAUACAAGGACAAGAAGGUUGAUACGUUGGACCCCAAUCAAAAGGAGCGAGUAGUGGGAUCUAACUUUUCAAAGAGGACUGAUUGUGGUGCACUGUUAUGUGUACUUUUUGAGGAUGGAUCAUGGAAGGUGUAUAAGUUUGUCGAGGAGCACAAUCAUGAACUUGUUGAACGUCCUGAUAAGCAUUUUCUUCCAACUAAACGACACCUCACUCAGCUCCAGAAGCAUGUUAUACACAACAUGUCUAAGUUGAAUUUGGGUCCUGUCAAGGAGUUUAAUGUUAUGAAGACUUGUUUUGGCGGUUCUGAAGACGUGGGUGCAAGCAAAGUUGAAUUUAAGAACUAUAAGAUGCAAAUUAACUUGUUCAUAGGGGAAUAUGACACCGAUAUGGUUGUGAAACAUUUGAAUGAAAAAAAACAUUCCCAGCCUAAUUUCUCGUAUGGUUACAUCACAAACGAAGUGAAUCGUUUGAAGGGUCUUUCUUGGUGUGACGAUCAAGCCAAACGUAAUUACCACGUGUUUGGUGAUGUGAUUUCGUUUGACGCCAUGUAUCGUUCCAACAAAUACUCUAUGGUGUUUGUACCGGUCACUGGUAUAGACAAUCAUCACUGCAAUGUUACAUUUGGUGCAGCAUUAUUGGCGUCGGAAACUGCUGAUACGUAUAUUUGGUUGUUAAGAGUUUUUCUAAAAGCUGUUGGUUCUCAACCAAAAGUUGUUGUCAAUGACCAAGAUCCAGCGAUGAAGAAGGCUAUUUCUGUUGUAUUUGUUGACACGAGGCAUCGGUUAUGCAUGUGGCAUGUGAUGCAUAAACUUUCUCUGAAGGUUGGUGUUUGGCUAUGCAAUUCCACCAAUUUUAAAGAACGUAUUUGUCGUGUUGUGUGGACAAAUAUUCUCACACCUGAAGAGUUUGAAUCAGAAUGGGAAGCGGUUAUCGCAGAAUUCAAUUUAGAAGAUAAUAACUGGCUAUCUGAUAUUUUUGCAAUUAGGGAAUCUUGGAUCCCUGCAUACUAUAGAAUGGAGCAUAUGUCUGGUCUUAUGCGAACGACAUCCAGGUCGGAUAGUGAGAAUCGUUUUUUUGGUCAAGUGUGCAAUUCGAAAGCUACUCUUGUUGAGUUCAUGACGCAUUAUGAGACUGCAAUAGAAGCACAGCGUCACACACAUCCUGAGCUUAUUGGAGUUGCGGAUUGCAUAAAUCAACGUUAUGAAGAUCAGCCUGAUGGACAAACAUUCUAUGCAUGGCGUUAUAGAGAUAUUGUAUUUGGCGUUUUUCAGGUUCAAGAUAUGCAGAUUGUUGUUCCUCCUGCUAGUUCUAGGGAUAGAUUUGCCGAGAUAACCGGUCAAUAUAAAAACGACAAGAAUCCGAUAAGAGUCCCUGUAGGUUAUAAAUCCAAAGGUUCUGGUUCUCGGAAGAGCCGCGAGACCCACGUGGCCAAACAGGGUUGCAGGGAACACUACGCCCCGUCCCUUCUGGCUUUCUCGUGGUCUCUGUCCCAAGCAUCCCACUUGGGUCAAAUAAUUCCCCCUCGAAACAUACUUCCAACUGCUAUUGAUUCUGACAACCGUCGUCGCCCUCCCGCCCCACCGCCACCACCGCCACCACCGCCACCAACCUUAUACCCGUCUCCGGCCACUCUCACCGCUUUAUAA